GAACAACCCUGCACUCUUUAUGGAAGCCAUAUUUUCAUAGCAAGAGUCCUGUCUUGUUAUUGAAAUUCGUCUCCAUUGGUUCGUGUGUUAGAAAAGCAAACGGAUAUUGACAGCUCGAGUUGGUUAUUCAACUUAUUAGUCAUUCUCAAUAUAUUGCUUUGAUUACAGUUUCUAAUUUGGCAAGUUUAUGGUGUUGGGUGUGUGUGUAUUGUUUCAAUAAUUAUAAACUGUGAUCAAAAUCGAAUGACCAAAUUUAGAAAGUAAACAAGGUUAAAGGAUCAAACCCAAAUAUUAAAUUAUUGGCAUGAUACUUUAUCUUCAUCAGGUAUCUUAGACAUUUCUGGUGGUUUGUGUUCUGCUUUCUCCUUAUAGCGUUAGAUUAAGAAGAUAAAAACUUUGUGAAUGAUAUAGAUUACAUUUAUAAGAGAUUUUAUAAAUAGGCCAGGAGGCCAUCCACCUGUGAAAAGAUGUUGGUGCAAGCUGCUCGACACUGCCCGCAGCAUGUGCUGGUGUCCCUCUGGAGGCGGAAGAGCCUUCUCCUGGGUUGUGUCAUGAUCAUGUCCGUUUUUGUAGUGUGCCUACAGUUCAGCUCCAACGCAAACAAUGGUCAUUUGGUGGCCAAUGGACUGCCAGAUUCUCGGAGCAGAGACGAAAUCCCUCUGGGCAUGGUGGGCGUAGGUGGUAGUCACAAAACUCUGAUACCGAGAAGAAAUCUUUCUGCCCUUAAUCAGAGACAGGAUCAGAACUCCAUUGGUGUGGGCAUCGUCAAGCCUGGUCAGUUAGUGGACAUGAGUGGAAAACCACCGAGAUAUCAGCAACAGCAAUCUGGCGGAGAUCCCAGAGCGAUCAACUACGUCGGCUCACCAGACAACAAUCGAAUUCAAGUGUACGGGGAUGGCAAAGCAGUGCCUAAUAACCCAUCCAACAACAAUUGGCAGGACCAGCAACAAAGUAAAACCUGGCAAAACAACGGAAACGGUGGCAACAAUUACUAUAUACCCGCUCUGAGAGUGGUCCAUUUUGAUCUGAAAGGGGCGCCACCUAAAGUGUCUUACUUCAAGCAAAUUUUCCCUGUUCUGAAAGAAGCUGGCGCCAAUGCUAUCCUACUCGAAUACGAGGAUAUGUUUCCAUUUACUGGUCCCUUGGCGCCAGUCUCCGCCAAGAAUGCCUAUUCCAAAGAGGAUAUCCAGACCAUAUUGAACCUGGCCAAAACACACCACUUUGAGGUCAUUCCACUUGUUCAGACCUUUGGUCAUCUGGAAUUUGUGCUGAAACUGAAGGAGUUUCGGGACCUGAGAGAGGUGGAUGACUUUCCUCAGGCCAUCUGUCCUUCGAGGAAUGAGUCCUUCAACUUGGUGGAGCACAUCAUUGAUCAGGUGAUGGCUUUGCAUCCGAACAUAAGGUGGUUGCACGUGGGAUGUGAUGAAGUUUACCACCUUGGAUACUGCAGCAAGUGCAUGAGGUUGGAUCGAGAUAAUCUCUUUUUGUCCCACGUGGCGAGAGUUGCUCGUUAUGUGAGAGACAAACAUAAGGUUAUACCUAUUGUUUGGGAUGAUAUGUUACGGCAAAUGCCCACUGAAAAGCUGAAAGAAUUCCAAUUAGGGACACUGGUUGAACCCAUGGUUUGGACGUACGUCAAGGACGUUUACAGAUUUGUGCCGUACAAUGUAUGGAUGUCGUACAGCGAAGUAUUUCCUUUCGUUUGGGCAGCGAGUGCUUUUAAAGGAGCAUUUGGUGAAACUCUUACGGUGCCAAAUGUGAAAAUGCAUUUAGAGAACAAUGAAGCUUGGCUCGAAGUGAUGGCCGAACAGCACAAGAAAUUCAGCAACUUUAGAGGAAUUGUUAUUACUGGAUGGCAACGAUAUGACCACUUGGCGACAUUAUGUGAACUCUUCCCUUCAGGUUUACCAUCUCUGAUCAUUGACCUCCUUACUGUCACACAAGGUUAUUUCAGCCAAACUCUGUUCACCAAAUUCCACAAUAUUCUUCAGUGCACCGUGCACCAAAGAGUGCAAGUUGACUUUGAAACUGACCCACACUUGUGGCAGAGAGCUUCCUCCUGCUUCUUUCCUGGGUCCGCCGUCUUCCGGAUGACACAGCAUCACAGUGAAGCUGUCAAACGGGUGGACGAUUAUCUGUAUGAUGUCACAAUACACAAAGCUUGGAUGACAGAAUACAAUGUGCGCCACAACAUUUCUAGUCCAAUGAGAGUUGAUGAAGGUCUUGCUGAUUAUUCUUCUGUUUAUUACCCACUCACUUCUCUCGUACGAACAGCAAGAGAUGCGCUUCGCGAAGUUUUUGACGAAUAUACAGUUGCUGAAUGGAUCGAACAAAACAUAUAUCCUUACAUUGUCAAGAUGGAAAAACUUUGGAAAGAGGCCACAAAUCUGAAGAAACCUAAAGUGUGGCCCAAAAGACCGCUACCACCCCUAGACUUGCUUAAGAAAUAUUCAGUGGGAGUAAUAAACGAAGAUGACGAUGAUUUGGGACAUGCUGCUGCUUAAAAUCAGCAUCAUGCCGACAUAGAUCAUCGGUAUUCUUCGAGUCACAAAUGUAUAUUUAUUGAAGAUCAACAUUCUGAAUUCUUUCAGGAUUUCCUUCAUGUGUGCCUCUGUUUAGUGAGGCUGUUUCUGACAAUAGCCACCUAGAAAUUCGGAUCUGCAGAAGCUGUAAGCAUUAUUUUAAAUCGAGAUAUUGAAAUAUCGUAACUACACGAGUGCCAUGUUGUAUAAAACUGAUUGGCUUACCACAUGACAAUGCAGAGUUCCUCAUGAUCAGAACUUUACAGCUAUUGCAGAAAGGAGAAGAAAAAACUGACUAUAGUUCGAGUUUUAUCGAACUAUUACUUUACUUAAUGCUGCAGGCGUGCGAUUAAAUUAGAACAAGUAAUAAUUUUUAGUUCCUGAUACCUUUACCAACCCUUUAAUUUAAGAGGGUUUUUAGAUAGCAAGGCAUCUACCGUACAUGUGAU